CGAAUCAUGAGGCGUGCACCUCGCCCCCUUUCCCCACCACGUAGAUCACCCAUUGGCAUUGCAUUUUGAUCUCCCGAAUAGAGCUGGUGUUGCCCACUCUCUGGCCAACUUUUUUUAAGAGCUGUUACUGACCCAGCGCCUAUUUUGGACCCCGCCAAUAGUGGAUAACUAACCAACUAUCGAAAGUCCAGUUUGUCAUAGCGUCUAGAUGGCAGGUCCUCCUUAGACAGAUUUGGCUCGCACAACACUUCCAAGCUGCGCUCCUUUGCCAGGUAGAUAUUUUACCUCGGCACACUUCAGCUGUCUUAGCCUACCUCCUGCCAUCUGUUCUUUCCCCACGCAACAGCAGACAUUCCGAAUGACAACACAAAAGGCUAUCAUUGUCCAGGAAGCGGGCCGCGCGACCUUGGUGCACGAUGCCCCCGUUCCUGAGCUGCCGGAUGACUAUAUACUAGUCAAAACAAAAGCUGUUGCGUUAAAUCCCACAGAUUGGCGUCACAUCGACUUUGUCUCUUGCAAUGGCGCUACGGUCGGCUGUGACUACGCUGGAAUAGUUGAAGCCAUUGGCCCAGGUGUCAAAAAGACCUUUCGGAAAGGUGACCGUGUAGCGGGCUUUGUGCACGGUAGCAACGCCGUGCGUCCUAACGGCGGUGCAUUUGCAGAGUACGUGAUUGCGAAAGGCGACCUCCAAAUUCGCAUACCCGACUCCAUGAGCUUCGAAGCUGCGGCCACCUUGGGCGUAGGCUUGACCACUGUUGGCCAGAACCUUUACCAGAGUUUGGAGCUGCCUCUUCCAGGUGAAGCAGAGAGCGAUGAAAGUGAUAUGAGCAUCUUGAUCUACGGAGGCGCAACGGCUACUGGCACUCUGGCAAUUCAAUGUGCAAAGCUCUCGGGGCUUCGAGUCGUGACAACUUGUUCUGAUAGCAAUCGCAAUUUGAUGUUCCAGCUUGGAGCAGAUGCCGUCUUUGACUAUCACGAUACAAAUGUGGGCGAGCAGAUCAGGGAGGAUACCGAUGACGCGCUGGAAUUUGUUCUAGACACCAUUUCUACCCCCCAAUCGGCUGCCAUCUGCAGUGCCGCCAUUUCAUCCGCGGGCGGGGCUUAUAAUGCCUUAUUGGAUGUCCGAUCAGCUAGAGAUGAUGUUGAUUCAAACGUCUCAAUGGCUUAUGACGUGUUAGGGGAACCUUACCAAAUGAGUGCACAGGAAAUCUUACCCGAUGAGAGCAAUCCUGACUUUGGCAUCAAGUGGUGGAAUUUGGUGCAAGAGCUACUCGACGAGCGGCGGAUUCUUCCCCAUCCCUAUCAAGUCAAGCCAGGCGGCUUGGCUGGAGUGUUGACUGGUCUCCAGCUACUACGGGAAGGCAAGGUACGUGCCAGUAAGCUGGUGUACCAAGUCGAGGAGGUCUAAAAGGCAUGUAAUGAGAUAGCUCUCCUUUUCAUUGAGAGAAGCACAAGACACUGUUUAAGCUGUGUUUGAAUGAGAGUUCAAUAUAGUGCCGAUCUUCGACCUAAGUUCACGUAAUCAUAUGCACCAGCGGGAGCUUACGCAUCUCGGUUGACAGCAAGUGCCCAGCCACCCUCGUGCUUCGAGUCAGGGGUCAAAGCCUGAAGAUGGGACAUGUAAACUCUUUGCGGGAUCUCAAUGGAAGACGAUGAGCCUGAUUUCCAGCAUCGGGAAUGCACUUCGAGCUACUUGAAACUAUUUGGUCUGACCAAAGCUUAAUGUGGUAGGAAAGUGGUGCCGUGGAAACGUUUCUCUG